UAGCAAUAUCGGAUUUGUUCUCUCACACGAGGAAAAGUCAGGGGACAUCCUCACCUAUGCCUGGCUCGAGAACAUAAGCAUAAACUGUUGCAUUUGAUCGCGCAGCAUGUUGCUAUAUUCUCUCAUCUCCUCUCGGAUUUGGUUAUGCAUGCCCCCACGCAAACGAUUUGAGGCCUCUUCCAGCUUCUUGUCUACCACCAUUCUAAUUGCGUCCUCCUUGGAUCCCACUCGAGAGUGCAUAUCCAUCAUUGUGGCCGUCACCUAUUGUAGCUGCAAUUCCAUCUACUUUAUGCGAGUGUCAUCCGCCAUUGCACUAAGACCGUCGAAAUGCUUGGGCCAAGAAGGUGCUCGGAUACCAAUUGUCGAAUCCCUUCAAUCCGACAGAGUUCUCUCCUUUUUGUAGAGAGAAUUAGGCAAGAAUUGUAAUAGAGGGAAGGGGGAAAAUUAAAGAAUUAAGGAAGGAGAAUUGAGAAUGAGAACGAGAGAAAGAGAAUUAGAGAGGGAAAUUGAGUGGAGAAGCAAUUCAAAUUGUAUUCCGAUGCUUCACAAUAGAUUUGGGACAAGCUUAUAUACUCUGUCCCAACAAGAAGUUGGCGCCAAUAACGGUUACUACUUCCCACAUCCAAAUUUAAAAGUUUCACCAAUUACACUUAUUACAACCACCAAUUACACUUAUUACAGUAGUCCCCCACAUAGGUAUACGCAUUGUUGUUAAAAUCCUAAUUGUACACAUAUGAUUUUACGCUUCGAAGACCCCCAAACGAUUCAAAUCCCAUGUAAAAUUCAAUUUGGGGUAAAAUCCUAUAAAAUCUCAAUUUUACACACACAAUUUUACGCUUCAAAGACCCCCAAACAACUUUACACUUCAGAGACCUCCAUUGAUUUAAGUUGCAAUUUAGAGAAUGCUUCCAACGUCUAAAUGUCACAUAGCAUUUGACAUUGGAACUUAUGCAACGAAUUGUUAUAUUUUGCCUCUAAAUUAGAACUUGAUUUAACAUUAAUUGCGUAAGUAAAGCAAGACAAAUAGAUAAUUAAUUAAUGGGCCACCCAACCCCAAAUCGAGAUUUUACUUGAUUUAAUCAAUGUUAAAUCAAGUAAAAAUUGCAACUUAAAUUUGAUGGAAGACAUUGGAAGCAUCCUCUAAAGAUUUUUAAGUUAUAUUUUACUUCUAAAUUGCCUACAUUUUGCCUCUAAAUUGCCUAUACCAACCUACUAGUUUUUGAACUAUAUUUUGAAAACAUCAUCUUUUGAGCUAUAAUAAGGAAUAAUUAGGUUAUUAAAUGAUAUUAAUUCAUUUUCUAUAAAAUUAUGUUAUUAUAAACAUAUAUUUACAAAAAUUAAAGGGUAUUUUUAAUUGUCUCUAAAAUCUUAUGAUUUUACGAUCCGAUUUUAUGAACCCUUUUUCGAUCCCACUUAAAAUCCCAAUUUUAACUACCUUGGGUAUACAACAAUUCCUUUGAAAUAAGAGAGCUCUAGUGAUAGUUAGGAGAUGUCCAUUCCUUUUUUUGGCCACCCCAUUUUGGGGUGGAGUAUUCACACAAAAGAACUCAUGCCUCUUGCUUGGAAAUAGGAAGUAAAGAACUGAUUAAAAUAGUCCUUAGCAUUAUCUAAUCAGAUUCGUUUGAUCUCAACAAUGAAUUGAGUUUUUAUCAUAUUAUAGAAAACAAGGACAACAAAACUUACUUCUGAUAUGUUCUUUAAAAGAUAGAUCCAAGUGACUCGAGUACAAUCAUCAAUAAAUGACCAUUGUUGUUAGAAUUGUACGAUUUGCAUCACGAAUCGCACGAUUCGACUCGAUUCAAUAAGAAAUAGAGUCGAAUCUAUAGGGUAAAUCGAUAUUCCCCUAGAAUCGACCAUGAAUCGAAAGAAUUGGAAAAGAAUCAAACGAAUCGGAAGAAUCGGGUGAAUCAGACGAAUCACAAGACUGUUUGUAAUGACCUGACUAUCCAAGCUAAGUUCAUUAUACAAACCUUCCAACUAUAUGGCUUCCUUGAUUGGAUAACAAAGAUGAGCUGUGAAACAUUAAAACCUAAAACGUCAGGAGAUGAAAACCAAACAGAGAAGGAUAAAACGCUGUUGUUGCAUAUGAGCAUGAUGCCAUUAGCUGAAACGUCAGAAGAAGCAAAGGCAAGAGCAGCGACUACGAGACUUCAAGCUCUGUAACUUCUGUUCAAGCCUUAAGGUGAGUUCACUGCGUUGCUUUCUUCUUCUGCUGCUUCUUCUUUCUUCUUCUUCUUCUUUGCUUUAUUCGAGAUCACAUGACUAUACGAGUCUUACUUAAAUAGAAGAUUGCGUUGCUUAAAAGUUAAAACCACCUGAGACUCAAGUGUAGGCAUUGCUUAGCAACUUUUGUUGACUUUGGGUUGUCACUGCCACUGGUUAAAAAUAAAAGCAAGCUCACUACCAAGCUACCAGCUGGCAGCUACUAUUGUUGACUAUAGAGACCAGAAGCAAGCUUACUACUUGCCAGCUGCUUUUGUUUUGUUGACUAAUCUUUGUCAAUCUAUUGUAUUUUUUAUUUUUAUUUUUAUUUUUUUUCCUUUGCUCUACUGUGAGUGCUAUUGUUACGUCUCUUAUCUUAUUUCCUUUGUUUUUUUUCUGGUCUACUUUUAACUUUCUAACUUUCUGUUAUGUUUUGUUUUGAUUUCCUAAUCCAAUUUCUCUUCAAAUUUUUUAUGUUUCUUUUAAUUUUCAACUAAUUUAUAUUAUUUUCAAUGUUAUUUCUUUUUAUAUGGUGAUACUUUUAGUUUUCAACUAGUUUAUAACUUUAUAUUAUUUUCAAUUUUAUUUUCUUUUAUAGUAUUGUACUGUUUUCUAUUUCUUUUAUAGUAGAUCCCUUUCCCAUGGCGUUAAGAUCAAAAAGGGAAUCUACAACAACAAAGAGUAAUGAUCCUAUUUGGGAAUAUUGCUCUCGGAUUAAUGGAAAUAGAAUGAACUUAAAGUGCAAUUAUUGUGGACUUGAAAGAUGGGGAGGGAUAAAUCGAAUGAAACACCAUUUUGCGGGUGAUCAUGAUAAUGUGGCUCCUUGUACACAAUGUCUGGAUAAUGUGAGAGAACUUUGUAUUCAGAUCUUAGGAGAAUUAGAAAGACCAAAAGUGAAUGAAAAAGAAUGUUUCCAAGAAGAAGAGAAAGAAGUUCAAAUGGUAGGAGGAAAAAGAAAAACUAGUAUGGAUGCCUUUGUCACUAAAGGUAAAGGGAAAGAAAAACAGCAACCUUUAAAUGCAAUGGUUAAGAAAAGGGAGCCCGUUGUUCAUAGCAUUUGUAGAUUUUUGUAUGGACAUGCAUUGCCUUUUGUUUUGGUCAAAAGUCCCCUUUUUGCUUCAAUGAUGGAAGCCGUUGGUGAAUAUGGCAAGGGUUUAAAACUUCCUAGUUAUCAUGAGGCUAGAGUUACAUUUUUGAAGAAGGAAGUUGACAAUGUAAACGCAAUGCUAGAGAAGGAUAAAAAGGAGUGGAAAAGGAUCGGUUGUACUUUGAUGUCUGAUGGGUGGACGGAUAGGAAAAGUAGGUCUCUUACAAACUUUUUGGUGAAUAGUCCAAGUGGAACAGUUUUUCUUAAAUCUGUUGACACCUCAAAUGUUAUAAAAGAUGCACAAAAGUUAUUUAAGUUGCUUGAUUCAUUGGUGGAGGAAAUUGGGGAGGAAAAUGUUGUUCAAGUGGUGACUGAUAGUGCUUCGGCCUACGUAGCUGCGAGUGACUUGUUGAUGGAGAAAAGAAAAAAAUUAUUUUGGUCUCCUUGUGCAACACAUUGCAUUGAUUUGAUCUUGCAUGAUAUAUGUGGGUUGCCUAUUUUCACAGAUACAAUAAAGAAGGCUAAAGAAGUUUGUGUAUAUAUUUAUAAACAUGCUUGGGUCCUUAGCAUGUUUAGGAAGUUCUCUAAGAAGAGAGAGUUGAAGAGGCCGGGAGUUACAAGGUUUGCCACAUCAUUUCUUACAUUGAGGAGCUUUGAGGAAAACAAGAUUCCUCUUGGGGCUAUGUUUGCAUCAGAAGAGUGGGCUAAAAGUCAUUAUGCUUCUAAGGUGGAUGCAAUUAAAGUGGGAGCAAUCUUGGUAUCCGAUGACAAGUUUUGGAAAUCGGUCAAGUAUUGCUUGAAGUGUGUAAAUCCACUUGUUAAAGUUUUAAGGCUUGUUAAUAGAGAUGUGAAACCGGCAAUGGGAUACAUAUAUGAAGCAAUGGAUAGGGCAAAGGAGCAAAUUGCACAAAAUUUCAACCAUCAAAAGAUAAAGUAUGAGCGCAUUUGGAACAUUAUUGAUACAAAAUGGGAUUUGCAACUUCAUAGGCCACUUCAUGCAGCUGGAUAUUUUCUUAAUCCCAAGUGAGUUUCUAAAAUCAUAUUUCCAAUUUCCUAUAACCAACAGUUCCUUGUAUAUGCUUUAUUGUUUCUUACUUGUAUGCAUUUUUUCUAGGUUUCAAUAUGAUGAGUCUUUUAAUGCGGAUAUAGAAGUUAAAAUUGGUUUGUACAAGACAAUAGAAAAGAUGUAUCUGGAUAUUGAAACAAGACUCAAAAUGGAUGAGCAAUUAGAAAAGUUUAAAAAAGGAGAAGGAUUGUUUGGCAUGAGCAUGGCUACCUUAACAAGAGACAAGAAGCAACCGGGUAUUAUUUUGAUUUAAGUUUGCAUUUUCAAAAUUCAAUUGCUAGCUCCUUCAAACUAAUUAGACUAAUUAGCCUUCUAUUUUUCUAUCUUAGCUUUAUGGUGGGAAAGCUAUGGGGAAGAAUGCAAAGAGUUACAAAACCUUGCCAUACAAGUUUUGAGUCUCACGUGUAGUGCUACGGGAUGUGAAAGAAAUUAGAGCACAUUUGAGCAUGUCCAUUCCAAAAAGAGAAAUCGUUUGGAACAACAAAGAUUAAAUGCUCUUGUCUUUGUGAAGUAUAACAUUCAACUUGAAAUGAGGCAAGUCAAGAGAGAGAAAAGAGGUGAAAAUUAUGAUCCUAUUUGUUUGAGUGAUAUGGAGUCUAAUGAUGAAUGGAUCACCGAACAAGAAAACCCUUGUUUACCCAAGGAUAAUUCAUGGAUGGAUGCUAAUGAAAGCUUUGAAGAUGAUGGAGGUAUUCAGUCAAUAAAUAAUAAAAAAGGUAUAUCUAUAUUCUAUACUUUAUAGUUUCCUACUUUCUAAAACUAAGUUAAUGUGUUUGUAACUUUGUGUAAGGUUGAGUUGAAUUCUAAUAUGUUAUAUUGUAUAAUAUAGGGCCAAGGAACUUGAAGCUAGAUAGAAAAGGAAAAGGAAAAGUUGUUGAAGACAAAGUGGAAGAAGAAUUAGAUUUAGAAAUGAUUGAUGGUGAGGAAGAUGUAGAGGAUGGAGAGCAAGCGGAUUUGGCUACAUUUGAAGACAAAGAAGAUAAUGAAAAUGAUGAAGAUGAUGAUGCUCUUCAUCUUGAAGAUGAAUAUGAUUGAUAACUAGCAAAGAUUAUGGACAAUGAAAUUUAUUAGUAGCCUAAUAGUUAUUUUUCUCUAGCUUGUUAUUUUGAAAGUGGUUUGAUUUGGUGCAAUUUGAAUUUAAAGGUAACAUGAAUAUAUUUUUGGUAUAAUUUUUAUAUAUUUUAUUUAUUUUAUAUGGAUAUAUAUUAUUUAUAUUUAAAAUUAAAAAUGUCUACUGAAUCUUACGAUUCGAUUCGAUUCUCGAUUCACGAUUCAAAAAAUAAAGAUUUCGAUUCUCGAUUCAACAACUAUGUAAAUGACACAAACCACCAAGCCCCAAUGAUAUUAAGAAUAGGAGAUGGACCCCAAAUUUCACUAUGUAUAAGAGCAAAUGGAAAAGGACUUCUUUUCAUAUUCAUUGGAAAGGAUGUCCUCCUAUGUUUUGCAAACUCACAUAUGUCACACUGAAAGUCUUCUUCACCUAAUCCUUUGAACAAUAAAAGAUACAUUAUCUUAAGAACAUUGAAAGAGGGAUGACCAAGACGUAAAUGUCGUAGCCAAAUCCUUUCUCUACGAGACCGAGAGGAUUCAGUCAUACAGGACAUUGGAGAGACCUUGGUUGGUCUAGUUUCCUGUCCACUUUAUUCCUCAAGGAAAUAGAGACCUUUCUUCUCUUUAGCAUGUCCAAUCAUCCUCCUCAUGUCCUGCUCUUGAAUUUCACAAUGAGAGGGAUGAAAAAUCACCUUACAAUUAGAAUAUGUGGUAAGUUUCUGAAGUGAAACAAGGUUAGUGAAUAGUUUAGGUACAUGCAGGGCAUUUUUUAAGGUAAGAUAUUUAUUGAUAUAAACAUCUCCUUGACUUGCUACCGUAGUGAUUGUACCAUCAGCAAUGGUAAUUUUUUGGUUGCUAGGUGUCAUGUAUUAACUUGUAAGAGGGAGUUUACUGUAAUUAAAAAUAGUAGAAGGGUGAAAACAGUAUAUUUUGUAAGCUGGUUCUAAUGAGUUGUACCUAAUUAGUUGUUGCAUCAACAACUGGUAUAUUCCCAUGCACAUGUAUGCGGUUACCGCACAUGGGAGGUUAGAAAAUCAGCUAUAUAUAGUGUUGAAUUUCCCUUCCACGGAUAUAUGAAAAAUCUAAAAUAUUUAGAAUCUUUAUCUCUCUAUUCUCUCUCCCUUAAUUCUGCAUUCUUCUUCUCCCAUUUCUCUCUCAAUCCUUCUAUCAAUCUAGAACCAUUGUCAGAACCAGAGGAGAUGACACUAAGACAAGAGAUAUAUGACAAUUUUUUUAGAAGAACAGGUCAUAUGAUCUAUGGCCCAUGAAUCAAUAAUUCAGGCACUUGAGAGAGUAGUAUUUGAGGCAUUUAUGCAUGAGAACAAGAAGAAAUACCUAAAGAAGUUAGGGUAUAGGUACCUGCAAUGGUAGGUUUCUCUAGGGAUCUAAUUAGUUGUCUCAAUUUGGUAAUUUCC